AGGUUUCCCUCGGUGUCGUCUGCGGGGUCUGUACUUAAAAAAAAAAACUGAAUAUGGUCUUUAAAUCAUGAACAAAAAGCUACAGCCUAACCAAGACAAUAAACCUGCUUUGAGAGCACCAAGAAAUUUUAAUAUGCACAAGAUAUUAGUUCCACAAUUUUACCACAAGACUCGGUUUUUAAUUUCCUGUGAGUAGUAACCAAACUUACCAAGUUUCUCGUCUUUGCCGUGAUAUACCAUACUGCUACACCCUAUGAAAAUUAGUUCCACAUUAUUUGCCCAUGCGGUAAAUUUAUAAUGCUCCUUGAUAUCUGAAUACUACGAACGAAUGCUUUAGGGUUAUAAUAUUUUUUGCCGCCAUCUCCCUCUCAGAUAAAAUUACUUGAAAGAAUGCACUGGCGAUAUUAUCUGAAAUUCUAAGUUAUUUACUCUUUGUAGGUAAUUAAAUGCAACUUAAAUUAUGAUACUUACCUCGGUUUGUAGUUUUAUAUCGAUUAUCGACCUUUGCAAAUUUUAGGCGGCGAGUAAGAUGUGUUAAAUAUUAAAAUGUUGCCGCUAGUGUACAGUGUACACGCAUCUGGAAGUUCUUGCGCAGUUUCUUGUUGAUUGCAGAUAGAACUUGCUAGUCUCAACUUAGCUGAAAGGAAAUAUAUUUUAUUUAUUCAACAACACACACAGCCAUUACAGGGUACAACUAAUUCGUACUGGCGGAAAUAUUAACAAUAACAUAAAACAUACAAAUAUAUUCUAUAAGUAACUAUUUAUAAAAAUAAAUUAUGUAACACGAAUACUAACAUAACAAAUAACUUAAAACGACAUUGAAAAAUGAGAACGCAUUAUUUGUUUAAAUUUUCGACAAGUUAUGUCUCCUAUAUAAGUAAGUGAGUUCUUUAUAUACUUAAUUACUAUUGCGUUAUUUUAUGUGUUUAUAAAUUAGAUGCCUCAUAUAACGUAGGCAAGUAAUAAUAAAAAUAGAUUGUUUGAAAAACCAUGCUACAGGCUACCAUUUUUAAAUCGAGACAUAAUAUCGCAGUAAUCAAAACGCAAUAAUAUAAAAAUUAUCUGUCCUUGAAAAGCAGACGUUUUUCUACCAGCAAGCUUGAUAUAUUUGCUGUUUACUGCUUAGUGCACAUCGGAACACCACACGCAGUGCACGCUCGCAUCGCGUGUACUUGAAACAAACAAAAAAUAGCCGGUAUUGUUUUAAAAUCAAGCUACAAAUAAUCAAUUUGUAAGUAAUAUCAAAUGUGGAAGAACUAAAGUGCGGUACCAUAAUUAUUGCGUACUUUUGUUAUUUGAAAAUCACUUUCUUAUGCUGUAACAAUUUCACUGACACAAUUAGGAGUAUACCGCUACGCGUGCGAAAUGGUUGUGUGCACGCUGUACCGAGCAACAUUUAAUAUACAACGUGCAAGUUUAUGGCAUAAUAAAAAAUAUGGAUGCGAUCGUGGUCUACUCUCCCGAGCCCUGCUGGCCGCCCUGAGUGUCGCGCGGGACGCACACACACAGAAUAUCAACAAAAACAUUCAGUUUAUCAGCAACGACAAAGUCAAGCUCAAAAUCGACCCAGCUACUAUGAAACUAAACCAACGUAUGAACAAACCGCUGUGCAUCAUAAUGAACUGGAUGUUGGCCAAGCCGAACCACGUCAUGAAAUACGCAAACAUCUACUUAGAGCAAGACUAUGACGUUAUCAAUGUGUCCUGUUCUCCAUUGCAGCUGAUGUGGCCGGCGAAAGGCUCCCAGGUUAUAGCGGCAGAUUUAUUGAAGUUUUUAGAGAGUAACGAAGACUUUGGGCCCCUGGUAGUUCACGGGUUUUCGGUGGGCGCGUACGUGUGGGCAGAGUUGCUGGUUCAUACCACGCAUAAUAAAGCAAGGUACCAGCCGAUCCUCGAUCGUGUGGCAGCCCAAAUAUGGGACUCGCCGGCCGACGUUUACGAAAUACCAAUAGGGUUGCCGUCGGCAAUAUUCCCCAAGAACAAAAUCAUGCAGAAGACUCUGAGGGCGUAUUGCAUAUUCCACAUGAAUCUAUUCCACAACGUGGCAACUAAACAUUACAUGCGCGCGACACAAGUAUACCACAAUACUCCUUGCCGCGCCCCGGGGCUGUUCCUGUGCUCCCUCACCGACCCCGUAGGCGCCGCCAAGAGGAGCAAGCAUGCACAUGACUCUUGGGUUGCUAUGGGCUUGAAGUGCAACUGGAAAUGCUGGGAGAAAUCUCCCCACGUCCAGCAUUACCUCCACCACCCUGAAGAGUACCUCACGGCGUUGCUUUGCCACCUGGACGACUGCGGUCUUCUGCACAAGCAAGAGAAGAUCAGCAUGCGGUUAUAGGCGUAUCACAUUAGGUCUAACUCGAUGGACAUUAUAAUUUAAAAGUGUCAGUUGUUCUACUUCUACUACAAAAUGUGAUUUAUUGACCAAAAUGUUUAUACACAGUGGGGUGUGAGUAAUGGCAUAUUGUGAAUUGGGUGCCAUUUUUUUUGAAAUGAAGAAAUUAGCUUUUCACAAUGUUAUUAAAAGUUGUUAAAAAUUCACAAUAGUCUGGUUGGGAAUUAAAUGAUUUGCGAAUACGAAUAUGAAAAUUUUGUAAACCCAAGACUUUUCUAAUUUAUGUGUAUAUUGUUUGUCAAUUAUCGAUCGCUUUAACGGUGGAGGAAAACAUCGUGAGAAAACCUACAUACCCGAGCGGUCUCCAUAAGAUAUUCGAAGGUAUUUAAAGUUUGCCAACCAGCGCUAUCGCGGUAGACUAAGGCCUAAGCCCUUUUGAUGGCCUUGCUUUGGAGGCCCGGGCUUAGCAGUAUGUAUUAUUAUUAAAAUUAACAACGUUAAGUCGAGGAAGUGGUAUGGACUAAACUAAUAACUCUGAAUUGAUGCGCUUUUGUCCACAUUUUACUAAAUUUUCAAUCAUCAUCAGCCCCAAGAAGCCCACUGCUGAACAUAGGCCUCUCAAAACGAAAGAAUGAAUGGAAAUGCAUACUUUUAUUUAUGUCUCCAAAUUCGUAGGAAAGUUAUUCUUCAACCCGGAGCAUCAGUGUGCAUAAAAGUUCUAGUUUAAAAAUGCCAUACAUUGAAGAAGUAAGUAUAAGGUCAGAUAAAAAAACGCCUAUGAAACUACUAAUUACCGGCCUUUUGGACUAGUUAGGCCUUAGGGGACACGACAGCAUGCUUAUGGGCACCAUGGACUCAAAAUACUUAGAUAUAAUUGACUGAAACAAAAAUAGAGUCCUGUGGUGAUUAUGACCUAAAAGUUCUACCUUUUACACUGCCCCGGAUCUAAGGGGAGGCUAGCCGGGGCCCAUGCCCCGAGCGGCGAAUUCAGAGGGCGGCAAAUUCAAACUUGGCAAACGAAUACAUAAUUCAUCAUUAACGUAACUUUGAUUACUGAGACAUUCAGUACAUUAAAUUCUAAAAUUAUUUCCCGCUGGGCGCAAAAUGAAAGGAAAAAUAUAGGUGGGUGGGAGUGGCAUUUUCCAAAUUUUGCCCCGCCUCGAAAAUAUACAAGAUCCGGGACUGCUUUUACGCCAAGAAAAUGCUUAGCUGUAAACAUAAUAAAAUUGAAUAGAAUAUAACUAUGUUAUUAGUAUAAGUAUUGAGUUUUUAACAAUUUCUCUUUGACUGGGUAUAAAAAUGUGAUAAUGUUGGAUCCCUAUUAUUAAUUAUAAGUAAUAAUUAUAGUAAAUAAAUCACUUACUUUUGCAUUGAAUUGUGAGAUCGUAAUUCAAGUCCGUGUUUGCGAGAUCCCAUUGUUUCGCAAUCUUAAGAAGUGAAAUUAUAAUAACAAAAUUGUAAAAUGAGCGUGCAUUCGACAUAUUGGAGAGCUAAAUAUGGAUAAAAAUAUUAAUUGUCACCGUUGAUUGAAGCUCGUAUCGUGAGAAUAUCAACAUGUUUGCACACUUCCUAAGUCAAGGAUACUUGGAAUAUUUGAAAAAAUAUGUAAUCCUAUUAAUUUUAAUUUAUAUUACGUGGGUUCUUGUAUAAAUUAAUGUGGUGCUUUUUACACAGCCGUUAUUUUUAUUUUGUGAAGAUACAAAAUAAACUGCAAUGAAACUUGA